UCCUGCAGGCGAGUGAGGGUGGCGCCGAGGGAGCACGAAGCUAGGCAUGGAUCCUUUCCGCCCACUCGCUGAGCCAUGCUUGGUCGGACCCGAGUUUGUGGCCCAGCUCCUUCUUGACAGAUCGUGUUCCCACCCCCUUGACUCCGUACUCUCCCUCGUUCUGGAUCCCUUUUUUACUCCUUGAGCCUCUUUUUUUCCUGGCUCUGACCCAUUCUCCUCCAGUCCGACUGCGUCCCUGCUAUGACUAGCUUGCCCACACUUUCUCUACCCUCCCACCGUCUUUUCCUUUCACCCCUGCACCAGCCACCUCUCUGUACCCUAAAACUUCCCUUUCUGGCCACUUAACCCAGUAAGGAGCGUCCAGUUGCUCCCUUCCCCUCCCCCAACUUUUCCGUUCAUAAUCCGAGGUAAGGGGAGAGAGGGUACGCGAGGGGCGAGGAACGAGAGUCAGCGAAUGAACUUUGAAUCUCCUAGACGUGUACACUAGGUUUUCACCAAAGGCAGGCAUUUGCUAACCUGUUUUCCCCAGCUGUUAUGGCUCUGUAUUUUCCGCAUGGUCUGGGCUUUCACACUAAGACUUUCGGUUAAACUUUCAUUGAAGUUAAACAGUGCUCUUGUUGGAGGUAAAUAAGGACACAUCGUUAUGAUUCCCCGAACGUUCCAUGUUCACUCAAAGGACUAAACAUCUCCAAAACAGGUGGUAGAAAAAGCGAGAACACGAGAAGUUCCAAGUUCCUGCCUCCAGUCAACUCCAAGUACCAGCACACUUCAACACAACUCUCAAAAGCUGCCUAAGGAGAGGUGGCAGAGCUACAGAAGCUGGUUACCUGAGGACUGUGAUCCUCAGCUCAGUUGCUUUCAAAGUAAACCCUGUCUGGUAUCCAGCAUCCUCCUUCUCUUCAUCUUCAAUGCCAACUGUAAAGCUCUUCAUUGAUGGGAAAUUUGUUGAAUCCAAAAGUGACAAAUGGAUUGACAUCCAUAAUCCAGCCACGAAUGAGGUCAUUGGUCGAGUCCCUCAGUCCACCAAGGCUGAAAUGGAUGCAGCUGUUGCUGCCUGCAAACGUGCUUUUCCUACCUGGGCAGACACAUCCAUAUUAAGCCGUCAGCAGGUCCUUCUCCGCUACCAACAACUUAUUAAAGAAAACUUGAAAGAAAUUGCCAGGUUAAUUACAUUGGAACAAGGGAAGACCCUAGCUGAUGCUGAAGGAGAUGUAUUUCGAGGCCUUCAGGUGGUUGAGCAUGCCUGUAGUGUGACAUCUCUCAUGAUGGGAGAGACCAUGCCUUCCAUCACUAAAGACAUGGACCUUUAUUCCUACCGUCUGCCUCUGGGGGUGUGUGCAGGCAUUGCUCCAUUUAAUUUUCCUGCCAUGAUCCCUCUUUGGAUGUUUCCCAUGGCCAUGGUUUGUGGAAAUACUUUCCUAAUGAAGCCCUCAGAGCGAGUCCCUGGAGCAACUAUGCUUCUUGCUAAGUUACUUCAGGACUCUGGUGCCCCUGAUGGAACACUGAACAUCAUCCAUGGACAACAUGAAGCUGUAAAUUUCAUUUGUGAUCAUCCGGACAUCAAGGCAAUCAGCUUUGUGGGAUCCAACCAGGCAGGAGAGUACAUCUUCGAGAGAGGGUCAAGACAUGGCAAGAGGGUUCAAGCAAAUAUGGGAGCUAAAAACCAUGGGGUAGUCAUGCCAGAUGCCAAUAAGGAAAAUACUCUGAACCAGCUAGUCGGGGCAGCAUUUGGAGCUGCUGGUCAGCGCUGCAUGGCUCUUUCAACAGCAAUCCUCGUGGGAGAAGCCAAGAAGUGGUUGCCAGAGCUAGUGGACCGAGCCAAAAAACUGAGGGUCAAUGCAGGAGACCAGCCUGGCGCUGAUCUUGGCCCUCUGAUAACCCCACAAGCCAAAGAGCGAGUCUGUAACCUAAUUGAUAGUGGUACAAAAGAGGGAGCUUCCAUCAUUCUAGAUGGGCGAAAAAUUAAAGUCAAAGGCUAUGAAAAUGGUAAUUUUGUUGGACCAACCAUCAUCUCAAAUGUCAAGCCAAAUAUGACCUGUUACAAAGAGGAGAUUUUUGGUCCAGUUCUUGUAGUUCUGGAGACAGAAACACUGGAUGAAGCCAUCAAGAUUGUAAAUGACAACCCAUAUGGAAAUGGAACUGCCAUCUUCACCACCAAUGGAGCCACUGCUCGGAAAUAUUCCCACCUAGUAGAUGUGGGACAGGUGGGAGUAAAUGUCCCUAUUCCAGUGCCUUUGCCAAUGUUCUCAUUCACUGGCUCUCGAUCUUCCUUCAGGGGAGACACCAAUUUCUAUGGCAAACAGGGCAUCCAAUUCUACACUCAGCUAAAGACCAUCACAUCUCAGUGGAAAGAAGAGGAUGCUACUCUUUCCUCACCUGCUGUGGUCAUGCCUACCAUGGGCCGUUAGAAACAAGUUUCUUCAAGACUCAAGUCAAUCCUGAGUAAUCUCCCUCUACUCUUGACUAACUUCACUUGCCUACUUUGCUCACACCAGAUCCCUGGGAUUGGAUAUGUUGUAGCUAAAAUCUUUCUCAGGACUCUCUGCCCUUCAAAGUUGCAGCAGGGAGACUCCUACUAUAACAGUGACACCAGAUUUUUCACUUGCUCUUCAUACUUGUUUUUGAGGUAACAGUUUUAACUGAAUGUUUAUCUGGAACAAGAGCUUAGUCCUGUUUUCUAAAAAUU